UGAGGGGCUGGAUCAGCAGGGGGCCGCAGGGCGCAGAGCUAGAGCUGGAGGUGACGAUGCGGUUGCGGUAUCAUAGGGGAGCGUGGGGAGCCCGCCUGGAACGCCGGCCAGGAGUUCACAGGAGCCAGAUGGGUAGGCGCCGGGGAGCAAGAGACCGAGCAGUAGUCAGGGAAGGAGAACCUGCCAACAACGCGCGCAAGGGAACAGCCCGAGAGGCUCAGGGUGGCCAGCGAGGAACUGCGGAGGCGGCGGCUGGCAGAGGAACGCGUCCCACUCUCCCGCCGCGACUGGCACCAGCGGGUCGCUCUACUUCUAGACCCCACUGAGGUCUUUCAGGUCCUGGAGCAACCCUCCGCGCACCAGGCGAGGCUGCCGGGUCACUGCGCUGGCGGGACGGAGACUCCGAAUCCCCGCCAGGCCGAGAGCGCUCAAGGACACAUCGCGCGGGAGCGCAGGUCCCCGAUUUCCCCGACCGGCCCUUACCCUGGGAACCCCAGGCCAAGGCCCUGCGGUCGCCCGACGGCGUCCCUAGCGGCUGGGAGAGGAGGCCAGCACCGCCGCGAAGACCCGACAUCUAGACAGGAGACCCCCUCACCCGACCCGUCCAGCACCAACGACGGCUCACAUCCCUGGGUAGCCAGUACCCGGGAGACCAAUGGAGAUCCACAGCCCCACCCCCCGAGUGGGCUGCGCGGCCUUGGCCCCGCCCCGCGCCACCAUUGGGCGGGGCCGGAGGGGCGGGGCCCGACGGCGGCGCGCGGGCCCCACAGGCAGACGGCUGGUCCCACUGAAGAGGUGCCCGCGGGUCCGCGCCGCACUCAGAGCCGACGGAGCUCGCCCGUCGCCCCUGCCUCGGAAGCGGCCUCUGCAGCAGCCGACUGAGGGCAAAACGGACACAGACCAGAUUAGCCGCCAGUCCCCCGGCCCCGGAGGAGCGCCUACCGCGAGGCGACGGAGGCCUGGUCGACGCCGCCGGGAGCCUAGCAGGUGCGGCGCGGGAGGCGGGCUGAGGUAGCGCCGCGGCCGCCGGCGACCCAGACCGGAGGCGCGGACCUCGCGCCUCGCCCGCCGCUCGCCGUCGGGGCGGCCCCAGCCUCCUCUUGGCCCAAGAGUGGAUGCGCACCCUCUGAGCGCGCACCCGCUGAGCGCCCGUCCGGCCCGCCAUGGCCGCGCGUCCCGGGCCGCUGUGGCUGGUGGGUCUGGCGCUGUGCGCGCUGAGCGGUGGUGGUCCCGGCCCGCGCCCCCCGGCCGGCUGCCCGGUCCGCCGCCUGGGCCCUCGAGAGCGCCGCGACAUGCAGCGCGAGAUCCUGGCGGUGCUGGGGCUGCCCGGGCGGCCCCGGCCCCGCGCGCCGCCCGCCGCCGCCCGGCUGCCCGCGUCGGCGCCGCUCUUCAUGCUGGACCUGUACCACGCCAUGGCCGACGACGACGACGAGGACGGCGGCCCCCCGGAGUGGCCCCCGGGCCGCGCCGACCUGGUCAUGAGCUUCGUCAACAUGGUGGAGCGUGACCGCACCCUGGGCUACCAGGAGCCCCACUGGAAGGAGUUCCGCUUCGACCUGACCCAGAUCCCAGAGGGCGAGGCAGUCACAGCCGCCGAGUUCCGGAUUUACAAGCUGGCCAGCGCCCACCUGCUCAACAGGACCCUGCACGUCAGCAUGUUCCAGGUGGUCAGGGAGCAGUCCAACAGGGAGUCUGACUUGUUGUUUUUGGAUCUUCAGACGCUCCGAGCUGGGGACGAGAGCUGGCUGGUGCUGGAUGUGACAGCAGCCAGUGACCGCUGGUUGUUGAGCCGGAACAAGGACCUGGCGCUCCGCCUCUAUGUGGAAAUGGAUGAUGGGCACAGCGUGGAUCCUGGCCUGGCCGGUCUGCUGGGGCAACGGGCACCGCGCUCCAAGCAGCCUUUCCUGGUCACUUUUUUCAGGGCAAACCCCAGUCCCAUCCGAGCCCCUCGGGCAGCCAGGCCCCUGAAGAGGAGGCUGCCGAAGAAAACCAACGAGCUGCCGCACGCGAACAGACUCCCAGGGAUUUUUGACGAUGUUCACGGCACCCAUGGCCGGCAGGUUUGCCGGCGGCAUGAGCUCUACGUCAGCUUCCAGGACCUUGGCUGGCUGGACUGGGUCAUUGCUCCCCAAGGCUACUCGGCCUAUUACUGUGAGGGGGAGUGCUCGUUCCCACUGGAUUCGUGCAUGAACGCCACCAACCACGCCAUCCUGCAGUCCCUGGUGCACCUGAUGAAGCCAGAUGCAGUCCCCAAGGCGUGCUGCGCCCCCACCAAGCUGAGCGCCACAUCCGUGCUCUACUACGACAGCAGCAACAAUGUCAUCCUGCGCAAGCACCGCAACAUGGUGGUCCGGGCCUGUGGCUGCCACUGAGGCCAGUGCCCACCGCAGGGGGACCCCCCGCCGAGGGCAGGCCCCUCUCCAGAGCCAGGAAACCUUCCAGGGCCAUCACUGCUCAGGUGGAGUGGCAGGGAGGGCCUGCCACACUCCUGCCACAGCCUGCCAGGGUCUCCCCAGAUCUCUCUGCCCCUUCCCCUGGGCUUUGUGGCAGAUGGGCUGGCGCAGCUCUGACAGGCCUAACGCCCUCAGCAGCCCCAGACACACAGACCGCACUGGGUUCCAGUUGGAAGUCCUGCCUUAGGACGCAUGCUGGGCCACCCCAGCCCAGACUGGCUGGCCCAGGCCCAUCUGAGGGGCAUCUGGAGCGUGAGGCCGGCUGGCUGGGCUCUGAGCAGGGAGGGGGCGUCUUCCCCUUUCCAGGCAGCACACUGGGCAUUUCCAGAGCACGCAUUCGCCUUCAGGACCGUGUAUUACUGGGCUCAGGACUUGGCCCACUAGCAGUUAGCACAUUAGAAACAGAACAACCCGGACAGGCCUCGUACUAAGACAGACAGAAGCCAAGAGGGAUGAUUUAUGGCGUGUCUUCCCCUCCUGUGGGGAAGAGGUGACCACCGCCUGCAGACGUGGAUAACCUAGGGGCGUCCAGUUCCCUCCAACUUUUCCAUGUGAGGUUCUGCACUAAGACAAAGUUAGCUCUCAAGAAGUGAUGACAGUGGCCGCAGUGGGAGGUCCAUGGCACUCAGGCCCCUGCUCCCCAGCUCCUCACCCACAGCCAACGUCAGUAAGCAGCCCGGGUGGAUUUUCCAGUGACCUGGACUGGCCUCAGAACCCUCAGCACAGAACUCCAGACACCCAGCAGCUUGAGCUCGGGUCCCCCUUCUGCCACACUAAGGAGCAACCAUUUCACCCACAGAUGGUACCUGGGCCACCGCAGGCCAGGCCCAGGGCCAGGGUGGGAACUAUCUGGUAGAGUCCAGGACUGGUGAACAGGUUGUUCACCAGUCUGCACGACCCUGUGCGCCCAGGAGCGCCUUCCUAUUUCUCAAGACCUGUGAGCCAAAGAAAAGGCCCCUGUCCCGGGGGAGUGACAGGCAGUAAUGAGGCUGGCCCAGGUG